GAAAGAUAAAUAGUGGGAAAUUGCUUAAGAAUGGGGGGGGGUGCAUCUCUUAGGUGUUGUUACUAGUGCAUAUUUGAAAGUUUGAAAGCAUUCGUGAUAUAUGUUCCAAAGGUAACUGAGUCAUUAUUUCAAAACAAAGAAGAAAUUGAACAGACUUUUGAAUAAAGAUUUUGGAAAACUGAUUGGAAUGUAAGUAGAAUGUAAGCAUAAGUCUGCAUGCUUGAAACAUCUUUUGUAACCACAUCGGGAAAUAAAAUACACACACUGGGCGGAAUGAGCCACAUUUAAUUUAACACAACAGAUCUUCUGAAGGGAACCAAAGUGCACAAUACUAUCUUCAAAUAGCAAACAGGGUGAACCAACUCUGACCAGAAUAAGAGGCAUCAUUUCACCUUAAGCCCCAUAACUUAGAUGGGGUUUUACAGGUUGGCCUCAAAGGUACUUCUUAUUCUGUCAGUGGGUCUCACAACUCAGAAGGCAAGGCUCAGAGGGUGCUCACCAAACCUUAACUACCUGAUAACUAAUUAAUUAACCUAUUUAACAACAAAGUGAUUUACAACCAAGUGAUUUACAACCAAGACAGGCAACUCUCACCCAUGAGAUGAAGUAAAACCAAGAGGAAAGAGAAAUGCAUUAAAAACAUCCUGCCCACAAAUAUAUUAGUAAUUUAAUAGGGGCAAGGAUAUUGGAGGCCUCCAGCUUCAACCUAAAAGGGCCAAUUAUUUGCUUAUUAAUAACAGAAGGAGAGAGUUAAUGCAAUCAAGUUGGGGGAGGGAGGGAGGAAGAGUUUAAAUUAAGCUGGAUUUCAUUUCAGAUUUCUCUGUACAAAAUUCUCUUUUGGCUUACAUGCACAAAAUAUUGUGUUUUCUAGUAUGUGGUGGCUAUCUCUCCCUUCCAAAUGGAUCUAUCUCUGGACCAUAUUAUCCUGGAAACGGUGCCAUUAUACAGUGUAGCUGGGAAAUUCAAGUGAGCCCUGAUAGACAAAUAGUUCUCCAGUUUUCUUAUAUUCGUCUGGACUGCAAUAAAGAAUAUGUUGAGAUCUUCGAUGGGUACCCACAUGUCUCCACUCCGCUUGGAAGAACUUGCUCUGGCAUCUAUCUCAACUAUACCUACAUAUCAACUUCCAACACCAUGACUAUUCUGCUGCACAGAGAUUCAUAUUACUCAGGAAAUGGGUUUUAUGCUUCUUACUAUUCUAUUCCAUUAAGAAUAGAAACAACUACUGAACCACCUCUCAAUGAAUCAACAGCUGCUCUUCCUACAAGUUUAGCACCAGUUCCUGCAAGAACGCUUUCGUGUUCUGGAGAAUACAUGCUUGCACGCAUCAGCAGGGACUAUCUUGGGUUGCUGGGCUACAAUGCAAGCGAAGUAUCCCUGAAUACUUCAGACCCUUUCUGCACACCUCAGAUUACUCAAGACUAUGUGGUCUUCGAGAUACCAUAUAGUGGGUGUGGCACAGUAAGAAAGCAGUCAAAUAAUGACACCAUCACCUAUUCCAACAUAAUCAAGACAUUAGCCGCUGGUUAUAUCAUUACAAGAAGGAAAAACUUCCAAUUUCAUAUUAUGUGUGAAAUGAACGCAAUGACUGUUGUAGAGACAAUGUUUGUUGCCCAAAAUUCCAUUGACAUUACUGAAAGAAAACUUGGCAACUACAAUGUGGCACUUUCAUUCUAUGAAUCAUCAUCCUUCAAAGUUUCAGUUCGCAGUUCUCCGUACUUCGUGUACCUCGACCAGGUUCUCUAUCUCCAAGCUACUCUCAACAGUUCUGAUCCGAACUUAGUACUAUUUCUAGACACAUGUGUAGCAUCUCCAUACCCUGGUGACUUCAGAACUCUGACCUAUGACUUAAUCAAGAAUGGAUGUGUGCGAGACCCAACCUUCUUAAAUCUGAGUGAACUCGGAUUUAACUCAAGCAACAAUCAAGUUCGUUUCAAGUUCAACUCUUUUAAGUUUCUUUAUAAACAUAAUCAAAUUUAUCUGCAAUGCAAACUAGUAGUAUGUAAGGCAUAUGAUUACUCAUCCCGAUGCUACCAGGGAUGUUUAACUAGAAGGAAGAGGGAUACAAAUGAACUUCAGGAUAAAGUGGAUGUGGUAGUGGGACCAGUCAAACUGCAGAAAGAAACCAUUGAAGACAAAGGACAGGAACUGGCUAAGAGUGUGAAACUAGAAAAGAAAGAAGCUCUCAGCCCACUUACUGUUACUACUGUACUUUUGGCAGCCAUGGUCUUUGUUCUGUCUGGCUUACUUAUAAGCAGCAAACUGAGAAGGAAAAACUAUCACCAAAUCUACUGAUACCAAUGCGUCAGCAAGAUAUACAUUCAGCACUUCCUACACAAAAACAAAAACUGCCUCUUUAGCAUGUAUUUCUGAAACUUAAAUCCAUAGACAGGCACAUCUAUAGUUGGGCGCGUUUACUGGUAGAUUAAAACACAGCCCAGUUCAAUCAAAGUACCAGGAUCAAAUAUGUAUUCUGAUCAAAAUCAUUGCCUAUAUCCAGCUAUUUUGACUUAAUGGCAUUGUGGAAUUGCUCUCAUUCUCCUUUUAAACAUUCCCCCCAUCUUCUAUGGAUAUAGUUAAGUUCCAUUGUACUUCCAAAAACCAUUCUACAUAUACAUAUUAUACAUGCCAACUUCAUAUGUCUGAGAUGCAUCAGGACUAUAUUUCAAAGGAGGAUUUGUUGCGACUCUUCAGUUAAUAUUUAGGAGCUGAAGGGCAAAUUGCUGAAGUUUACUGGAAUCAUUGGAAACAGACAUAGGAAAUGUGCUUCAUAAUACAUAGCUGAACAUGCUCCUGCUAUGUCAUUUUGAAAUGAUAAGUUUGAUAUUCUCUUUUGACUAGUGUGGAAUCUCUGUCACAAAUGUACACAAGCAGUUUGGCUUAUGGCCUGAUUCACCAGCCAGUUCAGUCAGAGAAUUUCAUGUUCAGUUCAAUUUAUCUUACAAUUACCGUAUUUUUCGCUCUAUAAGACGCACCAGACCACAAGACGCACCUAGUUUUUGGAGGAGGAAAACAAGAAAAAAAAAUAUU